GAGGCAGAGUAUCAACUCAGUCUGCAGACAGGGUCGAUGCAAAACAAGGCAACACGCUGAGUUCAAAGAACCAACAAUAAAGCGGUACACAGCAGAGCCGACCUUGCCCAAGCCUUCGUUUCACGCCGCAACGAUGGACCGGACAGCAGCCUGCAGCUUGUGGAUCAUCCUGGCUUUGGUCGCCCACACAGGGCUCUCGAGUUCCCCCCCGACCGGCAAAGAAGCCUGGAGCUACGUGGAGGUGCGGAACGGGGCCCACAUGUUCUGGUGGCUCUACUACGCCGACAGCCUGGACCUGCCUCUGGUCAUGUGGCUCCAGGGUGGACCAGGAGGAUCAGGAAGUGGCUUUGGGAACUUUGGGGAGAUCGGGCCUUUGGACGGGGACCUAAAGCCCAGAAAGACGAGCUGGGUGCAGGCAGCCAGUGUGCUGUUCGUAGACAACCCUGUGGGCACCGGCUUCAGCUACACCGAUAGGCCGGACGGCUAUGCCACCGACGUUGCCACGGUGGCCUCCGACAUGCUGGUGCUGCUCCAGCACUUCUUUACAGGGAGAGCAGAGUUCCAGAGCGUCCCGUUCUACAUCUUCUCCGAGUCGUACGGAGGGAAGAUGGCGGCCGCUAUCUCCUUGGAACUCACCAAGGCCAUUGCACAAGGGACGGUGAAAUGCAACUUUGCUGGUGUGGCACUUGGGGACUCUUGGAUUUCCCCACUGGACUCUGUGAUGACCUGGGGGCCGUACCUCUACACCACUUCGCUGCUGGAUGACCACGGUCUGGAGGAGGUCAGCAGCGCGGCGGAGGCUGUAAAGCAAGCGGUGGAGCAGCAGCAGUUUCAGAAAGCCACCGAGCUGUGGUCUGUGGCUGAGACGGUGGUGGAGCAGAACACCAAUGGAGUGAACUUCUACAACAUCCUCACCCAGGAGCCGGAUGAGAGACGCGCCUCUGUGGCGGGAGAAGACUUUGUCUCUCUGCAGGCGCGUCGCCAUGUUCGACCGCUGCACGAGCAAUCACUGAGCGAGCUGAUGAAUGGACCAAUCAGGAAGAAACUGGGCCUCAUCCCCAGGAAUGUCACCUGGGGAGGCCAGGCUGAGGACGUAUUCAGCAACAUGGCAGGAGACUUUAUGAGGCCUGUGGUGGACGUGGUUGACCAGCUGCUGACCGCCGGAGUCAACGUCACCGUCUACAACGGACAGUUGGAUCUCAUUGUGGACACCAUGGGUCAGGAGCUGUGGGUAAAGAGGCUGAAGUGGGAGGGGCUCGCUGGGUUCAACGAGAUGAGGUGGACCCCCCUGGAUGACCCCAUGUUCCCGGGCGUUACCGGCGCUUUCUGCAAGACUUAUAAGAACUUCGCCUUCUACUGGAUCCUCAGAGCCGGUCACAUGAUUCCCUCAGACCAGGGACCAAUGGCCUUGCAGAUGAUGAGGAUGAUCACCCACCAGGUUUGAUCCACCGCCCACUCUGACGCCAGCUGGAAUGGCUCUGACAAUCACAAUAAUCACAUGACCUUUUUUAAACACCCUCUGCUAAACCCCAAAAAAAUAUCACAGCUGUGAUUACAGUAAUAACCUGUGUAACUUUCAGCCAUAAGAUCAAUAAAAACAUGUUUAUAUUGUAAA